AGGCAGACGCCUGUUUCCACACAACACAGACAGCUGGACAGAAAUUCGGGAGAGCGGCUUGCUUAGGUUGGAGGAUUCCCCGGCUUGCUGUGUGUCUCCGCUCUUCUACCCAUUUUGCUAAUGGAUACGAUGCUCCAUACCAACUCCAGGCAGUAGCAUUAACGGUGUGCCAGCAGAGGCCUAGAUGCCAAGAUGACAGAACGCUUUGACUGCCACUACUGCAAAGAGUCCCUCUUUGGCAAGAAGUACAUCUUGCGGGAGGAGAAUCCCUACUGCAUCAAGUGCUAUGAGAGCCUGUACUCCAACACCUGUGAGGAAUGUAAAAAGUCUAUUGGCUGUGAUUGUAAGGAUCUUUCCUACAAGGACCGGCACUGGCACGAAACCUGUUUCCACUGCUUCCAGUGCAAGAACUCACUGGUGGACAAGCCUUUUGCUGCUAAAGAGGAACACCUACUCUGUACUGAAUGCUACUCCAAUGAGUACUCUUCCAAGUGUAGCGAGUGCAAGAAGACCAUAAUGCCAGGAACUCGCAAGAUGGAAUAUAAAGGAAAUAGCUGGCACGAGACCUGUUUUAUCUGCCCUCGAUGCCAACAACCAAUAGGAACGAAGAGUUUCAUUCCGAAAGAUAAUCAGAAUUUCUGUGUGCCGUGCUAUGAGAAGCAGUUUGCCAUGCAGUGUGUCCAGUGCAAGAAGCCCAUCACUACAGGAGGGAUUACUUAUCGAGAGCAGCCAUGGCACAAGGAAUGUUUUGUGUGCACUGGAUGCAAGAAACAGCUGUCUGGGCAACGCUUCACUUCCCGGGACGAAUUUGCAUAUUGCCUGAACUGCUUCUGCAGCCUCUAUGCUAAAAAGUGUGCAGGGUGUACCAAUCCAAUAAGUGGGCUUGGAGGAACCAAGUACAUCUCCUUUGAGGAACGCCAAUGGCAUAACGACUGCUUCAACUGUAAGAAGUGCUCCCUGUCCUUAGUAGGCCGUGGCUUCCUCACAGAGAGAGAUGACAUCCUGUGUCCUGAGUGUGGAAAAGACAUUUAAGACUUCAAUAUGGAAUAACAAUAAGCUGCGUACAUUUUCUAAAAUAAGCAUUGACAGUGGGUAUGGACUUUGACAAGAAAUGAGAAACGUAGUGUCUUGUUUUCAACAACAUAUAAUCUCAGCAGUUAACUUUUUAUUUUCUAGCUUGUGGAAAUGCACUGAAGGAGAAAGUAGGGGGUGAGGUGAUUUUGACAUCCAGUCAUGCCACCAGAGGCGUAGCUACCAGGGGAUGUGCGUUGCACCGGGCGCAUGCCUGGGGGGCACAAAAAUUUAGGUUUGUUUGUGGUUUUAUUUGUAUUUUUAGUGUUUUUUCAGUUUAUGGCCUGCAGG